UAUCUUCUCUUCUCUUUCUGCGCUUGUGCCCAUCAUGCGGUAAAUGGAGGAAGGGCAGUCCCUAUAGUCCCUACAAAUUGAGUCAGCAACAGAGAAGAGCCAACCAUUGAAGAUAAGCAAAGCCGCUAUGCGAAAACCAAAUCGGACACGUGUCAAUCUGAUAUUUCUUUCUUGAUUUUCCUCCAAAAUAACAGUUUUUUUUCGUUCUUCUUGUCUUGGAAGUCUCAGAAGUUAAAGAGGGUAGUUGAAAUUUUAAGCUCCUGUGCUUUCAAAUUGACAAAGCACCAAACUUUCUCCUCUUCAAUUCCCAAAAUUUCAGUUUGCUGCAAGAGAAAAAAAGAAGGAAAUUUCAAUGGCAACAACAGCUUCUUGUGUGGGUUCAUCAACUCUGUUACAAUCCCAAAUUAAUGGAUUUGGCGGGAGUCUUAACCUUCAAAAGCCCAAUUCACUCACUUUCACCAGGAGGAGAGUUCAAACAGUGGUGAAGGCUUCUUCUCGGGUGGAUAAGUUUUCGAAAAGUGAUAUUAUUGUUUCUCCAUCCAUCCUUUCUGCUAACUUUUCUAAAUUAGGAGAGCAGGUAAAAGCAGUUGAGCAGGCAGGCUGCGACUGGAUUCAUGUAGAUGUGAUGGAUGGUCGAUUUGUUCCAAAUAUAACUAUUGGACCCCUUGUAGUUGAUUCCUUGCGCCCUAUCACUGAUCUUCCAUUGGAUGUGCAUCUGAUGAUUGUCGAACCUGACCAGAGAGUACCUGAUUUCAUAAAAGCUGGUGCUGAUAUUGUCAGUGUUCACUGUGAGCAAUCUUCAACCAUCCACUUGCAUCGUACAAUAAAUCAGAUUAAAAGUUUGGGAGCUAAAGCUGGGGUUGUCCUCAAUCCUGGAACCCCUUUAACCGCAAUUGAAUAUGUUCUUGAUGCUGUUGAUCUGGUGCUGAUAAUGUCUGUAAACCCUGGAUUUGGGGGACAGAGCUUCAUUGAAAGUCAGGUCAAGAAGAUCUCAGACUUGAGAAAAAUCUGCGCAGAGAGGGGACUAAACCCUUGGAUUGAAGUUGACGGUGGUGUUGGCCCCAAAAAUGCUUACAAGGUCAUUGAAGCUGGAGCCAACGCUUUGGUAGCUGGUUCUGCCGUUUUUGGAGCUCCUGAUUAUGCUGAAGCUAUUAAAGGAAUCAAGACAAGCAAAAGGCCUGAAGCAGUUGCUGUAUGAAGUUUGUGCCUACUUGGUUCAAGUCGUCAUAACUGUUAAUACGGAGUUGUUCUGUGUAUGUUCGUCGUCAAUUUCUAAGUUUUCUUCUUUAUCUUUUUUCAGCCAAAUUUCAUUAAGAUUAUUAUUUUCUUUACAGUAUCAUAUCAUUAUUAACAUUUGUGAACAUUAGAGGUAGCCAUCUUUAAGGUUGACCUUCAUAUCUUUGUAUUCAUUGCACAUACGAAAGUUCGUGCCAUAUGUAUUUACAGUGGGGGAGAGAUACCCGUUUUCCAUAUCAUGGUUUACAAGACGAUAACUAUAUUCAAUUUUUUCCCAUCGUUUUAAUCAA